AGAAACUCUCUCUCUCUCUCUCUCUCCUCGGUGGUGAUUCAAAAGCUAUUAAGAAGCCGGGGUUGGUUAUACUUCCCAUGGGAUUCUGAGUUCUUCGAUCGAGAUUAAAGAUUCGUCUCUCGGAUAUAUCCUUCGUCAGGCGAACAGAGGUUUAAGAAUUCUUCAACGAAGGAUGGAAGAGGGGCAUCUGAAGAGAUUGGAACUUAGGCUUGCUGAUUUCCAUCUUCUUUUAUCCUACUUACUCUGCUAAAAAGUUCAAUGGCUGAAAGAUGAAUGUGUAUACUCUAAAAGAUGGAUUCUCAUGAUGAGGCUGGAUGCCAAGCUCCUCCGGAGGGUCCUUUCCUGUGCAUCAACAACUGUGGCUUCUUCGGUAGUGCAGCCACUAAGAACAUGUGCUCCAAGUGUCAUAAAGACGUGAUGCUGAAACAAGAUCAGGCUAAGCUUGCUGCUUCAUGUAUUGAAAAUUUUGUCAAUGGAUCGUCUAGUAGCUUUAAGGAAGUGCUUGAAAGUGUUAGCAAUGAUGCCAUUUCUGUGGAACCAAAGACUAGUCAAUCACAUACACUGCCAGCAAUGGGAUCUGUGGAAGGUGAGAAACCAAAAAAUGAGGGUCCAAAACGUUGCAACUCUUGUAACCAGCGUGUUGGUUUAACCGGGUUCAAUUGUGGGUGUGGUAAUGUAUUUUGUACAGUUCAUCGUUACUCUGACAAACAUGACUGCCCCUUUGAUUACCACAUGGCUGCUCAACAUGCCAUAUCGAAAGCCAACCCUGUUGUCAAAGCCCAGAAGCUCGAUAAGAUAUAGAUUUCUCAGUACAAGUAUGUGUCCUAAGUUGAUAUUCAUAUCCAGUUGUGAGGUGGUUUCUGAUUUGCUGCAAAUCUAUGUAUUCUCGCAUUAUGUUCAUAUAUAUGUUGAUGAGAUUACAGUUACAAUAUAUCUGAGCUGUGUUCUGGUCUUGCAUCAACUUGGGAGUCUUCUCCCUCCCUGUUCUCUGCUGAACUACCAAUCGAAAUAAGUUCAGGUGAA